CAAAUAUAGUGACAGGCAUGAUAACAAGUGAAUCAGCAUUACAACGAACGGGACCGCUGCAAAUCAACUGCUCCACUUAUCGCGCUCACUGAGCCAUUGAAACACACUCGUAAAUCGGUACAGCUUAAUAACACAGAGUUGAAUUCCGAUCUUCAAAGUUCACAAACCCAGUAAUUACAUUUAGAGAAGAAUGCAACCUCCAAUAACCCGAGCAGUAGCAGUAUACUGCGCUUCGUCCUGUGGACGCCAGCAAGCUUUCAUACAAGCAGCACGGUCUCUAGGGACAGCUCUGGCCAAAGCAAAAAGACCGCUUGUCUAUGGUGGCGGAUCGCUAGGCAUUAUGGGCGCCGUGUCUGGAGCGGCAUCGGAGGCUGGAGGUGAUGUCACCGGCAUCGUUCCGUAUGCAAUGGUCGCUGCCGGGGGCGAGGUAGAUCAAGUCGCGAAUCGACGAGGACCUGCAGUAUUGCUGAACGAGAAAGGCCGAGAAAGGGUAGAGACUAUUGUGGUUAAUUCUAUGCACGAGCGCAAGACAGAAAUGGCCAGAAAAUCAUGUGGUUUCAUCGCUCUUCCUGGUGGAUACGGUACAUUUGAGGAGGUUCUCGAGGCGAUUUGUUGGACGCAACUUGGGAUCCACGAGAAGCCCAUCAUCGUUAUGAACGUCCUGGGUUUUUUCAAUCCGCUCCGCGAACUCAUUCGUAACGGCGUAUGUGAAGGUUUCAUCGCGCCUCAAAAUGAGGCUCUCGUACAGUUCGUCGACGGCCCGUCGGAUCACAGCGCUCACGAUAGUUUCGACUGGGGAAAGGCUGCUGUAGACGCUCUGGAUUCAUGGAGGCCCGCUCCUCAGACUCAUUUCUACGACUGGACAAAGAAGAAGGGCUCAGAUGGAGAACGGACUGAUGUUGACGCGCUCGAGGCCGCUUGAGUGCAGACAAUGGUUGGCUAUCCUGCACUGCCUGACACUCGAAUUACUAAUUCGCAUAUGGGAAGCAAUACACGGACACCAUCUAGUAGUGUGUCUGAUCGAUGUUCUAGAAGCAAAUGUUCGGCAACGUCUUACUCUGUGGUAUCUAAUUAUGCUGCGAUGA